AUGGCCCGGCGAGCGUUAUUCAGUCGCUUGUUGGUUCUUGAGCAACGAACUUAUUUUACGCGUUCUAAGCGAUCUUUCCUAUUACCGCAGCGUGCUACUAAUAACACCAACAUGUUGAGCACUGAAAAACUAGCAACGAUUUCCCAGAGUAUAACAACACCAUCAACAACAUGCACCUUUGCAGCACAGAAGCAGCAACAGAAGCAAGCAGAGCUAAGUGUUGACCAACAAUAUGAGGAAUGUGUGAGCGAUCUUAAUAAGCUGCAAUCAAAUGCGACCACAAUAAGGCGUUCAAUUUUACUUAAUAAUAAACAAUUGCCAUUAAGUGAUAUGCACAAAUAUAUGGAGCGAAGUGGCCUUAGUUUGGAUGAAUUGGAAAAUAUACCUUUCAUACAUGUGUCCGGUAGCAAAGGCAAGGGCUCCACUUGUGCCUUAACAGAAUCCAUACUUCGUGCACAUGGCGUCAGAACGGGUUUCUACAGCUCGCCUCAUCUAUUAUCAGUAACGGAAAGACUGCGUCUUGACGGUCAGCCGAUAUCGAAACAGAAAUUCGUACGUACCUUUAGACGUGUCUAUAGUCGACUGCAUAAACAACAACAAUAUGAGGGUGAUAUGCCGGCGUACUUUAAGUUCCUAACAAUAUUAAGUUUUCACUUGUUCCUCGAAGAAAAAGUGGAGGUUAUCAUUUUGGAAGUUGGUAUUGGCGGGGAAUUGGAUUGCACCAAUGUGAUAAGAAAUACACAAACUGUUGGCAUUACCUCAUUGGGCUUGGAACACACGCAUUUACUGGGUGAUACACUAAGUGAAAUUGCUUGGCAAAAAUCUGGUAUUAUUAAGAAGAGUUCAGAUGUUUACACAUACGUUUCACAACAGGAAUGUCUCGAUGUGAUCAGAAAGCGAGCCGCAGAACUAAGUGCCACUCUCCACAUUGUGCCCGAUUAUCAGAAAUACUGCGGCGCACCUGAACAUGAGGAUUUACUCUAUAAUCUUAAUGAAGUCAUAAGAUUGAAUGGAUCUUUGGCUAUACAAUUAGCCUAUGACUGGUUGCGUAAAAAUGGUUAUACUCAGUACAAAGGUAUGGAGUCAACGAAGCUAACAAACGAAGUGUUGGUGGGUCUGCAACAGUGCAAUUGGCCGGGACGUUGCCAAGUGUUGGGCAUUGAUAAAUUGAAUUUUCACAUUGAUGGCGCACACACUGUGGAGAGUAUGCGUGUCUGUAGUGACUGGUUUAAGCGUGUAACUUCCAAGAGAACAAACCCACGCGUGCUCAUCUUCAAUACCACCGGCGAACGUGAUUCACGACGGUUACUUGAAAUCCUUUACAGCACGAUUGACUUUGACAGAGCUUUCUUCGUACCUAAUAUAUCUUCCGGUGCAGCAAACCACAACGAUAAUAUGUCGGUGUUUGGCAUUACCGAACAACUGAAACGUGCGCGCCUCCAUGCAAGUAUUUGGUAUCAGCUGUGUAUUGAGUCGGACGAGGAGGAUAGCUCGAAAACUGUUGGUUCGGUUCUUGAUUGCUUGAAGGAUGUACGUGCCACAUAUGGUACUGAAGAACCGGUGGAUGUCUUAGUUACUGGUUCAUUACAUCUUAUUGGCGCCGCAAUGGCUGCUUUUAAGUAUUUAUAAACUAAGCAGAUUGUUCGCAGAUUGUCCAAGCUGUAUAACCAGGGAAUAAUUUUAAACUUAUUAAAGCUUGUGUGCCUGUGAAAAAAAUAGAAUUUAAGUGUUAAGCUAUAAAAUGAUAUUGUAUUGAAAUUUUAAUUGUGAAAUAGUGCAUGCAUUCUACAUAAAUUAGAUGCUAAUGAAUGUUUUAAAAUACAAAACUCCAGAAAACUUUAA